GGUAUUAUUCAGUAAUUAUUUGGAAAAUGUCUAUAGAAUUAGUUUAUAUUAGAGCUGCGAAAAAUAGCGAUUUUCUUUUCUUUUCUUAAUUCUUUCCUUCUUUUCCUUAGUGUGUACGAACGUUAUAUAACGUUCAUACACGCUAAGGAAAAGAAGGAAACGUGACAUCACUCUACACACACAAUAGUCUUACUGUAUGUUAUAUAUAUGUACCGUACAUUGCAACGUGAGCACACACUAUAUAUAACGUGAAUAAGUAAAGAAAAAAGAAAAGAAAAGAAAAUCGCUAUUUUUUGCAGCUCUAUUAUAUUGUUCUCUACGAGUUAGAUGACGAAUUAGGAUGGGUCGGGGUUUUGUGUAAACUGGAAAGAUUAAUGAAUAACUUUUGUAACGGUUUCUUAAUUUGACUUAUAAGGGAAGUGCUUCGAAUUAAAUCACGUCUAAUGAGAGCAAGAAAACUUAAAAGAAAAAAUUUAUCUCUGAGCUAGGAGAUCUUUUUCUCUUAUAUAACAAUCUCCAAAAUCAUCAUUAAUUUGAAUUUGUAUAGUAGUUGUGCAACUGAGAAUGAGAACAAUCAGAGCAUAGACUCUCAAACACCAACAUUUGGUAUUUGAAAUCUUGAUAAAAAAGAAUUUUUUAAAAUGGAAGGUGAUGACAAUAAUCUCAAUUUCGCAAGCAGUUAAAUCAAAACAAUUAAUUAAAGCAACUAAAUUAAUUUUUCCUUCUUAUCACUGCAGCUUUGAGCUCACAAUGAACAUUUAGGGCUUGUCUUGUAAAUUCUAUAACUUUGCAAAGAAAGGUCAUGUAGAUUUGGAGUUGUCUCAUUUUAAUCAGAAGUUUCCGAGGUACAAUCGUGCCAUAUUAAUAACGUUUUGGUUGUUUUGUUAGAGUUUCUGGAAAACUGGUUUUCCAGAAAACCGAGUCUUCAAGAGCCCUGAGAUGAAUCCUUUUAGGCCUUUUACUAUCUCGGUAUAGGCUAUCAAUUGAUGUAUGUUUGAGAGAAAUCGGGGUUGGACAGCUGGGAAUGUUCCCUCGUUAGUUUUCUACUUGUAACACAGCCACGGGUGAGUAUAAAAAUUGAAAGUAAAGGAUAAUGUUUGCUCUAUUUUUUUCUUCUUUGAAGAGAUAAGAACGAGCAGUUGCUUUUACGUUCUGUUUCUCUUUUCCCGUUACUCUUCCGUCACACUUACAUCGUUUAGUGUCAUUUCUUCAUCAUGAACACUUUCAGUUUUUGGUUUGCUGUCCGCUUAUUAACAAUCGCUGCCUCACCGUUUACAGCUUCCAUCAGAACAGUAUCUCCGAAUUAUGAUCUAUCUGGUGUGUGGGUUAAACAUGAUCGUGCUGUACUAGAAAUAUUUCAUAUUAAUGUUACAUGUGUUAAUAACUGUGAUAUAUUACACGUUAGUGGUUCUGCUUUACCGGCUUAUACAGCAUUCUAUCUGGACGGUGCAUUAGCUGGUAAAAAUACUUGGAACGCAUCUAUGGUUGGUGAUUUAAUGUCUGCGACUGGCACAUAUAACAAUUUUGCUGAUGAUAGUGGUACUCUGGAUGAUACCAAUGUGUUACUAGUUACAUAUGGUUCUACCUAUGGCACUGUAUGUGGUGAUUAUGACGGGGAUUCAGCACGUUAUUACAGACAGUCUGCUCUUCAAUAA